CUCUCUUCAAGUUUAGCCCAGUGCACUGCCUGCCAGGCCAUAGCAAGCCUAGCAGAUUCAUGAAAGAAGAUCUGUUCUUUGUCUACACAAGAUGUCAUCGACAGAGUUUGAUAACCCCUUGCCAAAAGUCCCCGCUGAGGACCCCCCCAGCUACCACACAGUUUCUCCUUCUGUGAUCCAGCCAACUGCAGCUGAGCUUGAAGAAGUGGGCAACCUACUGAAAGGGGUACCUCCAGGGCUGGAAUUUUUUGCUCAGAUAAACCAGUUUUGUGUUCGGGAGAAAUUCUCUGUAUCACAAGGAUGGAGCACACGCACCUUUGAUGUGCUGAAUUCUACUGGGCAGAAGAUAUACCAUGCAGUUCAGCUUAAUCACAUAUGUGGACCUCUCAUAGAUUUGAAAAUUAAGGACAACAGUGGCAAUGAUGUUGUAGACCUGAUCGAAAACUGCAAAUGUUCAUGUGACCGACAGAUGGAGGUCCGCCUGUCCCAAGGUAACCCCAUAGGAUAUGUCCAUUUGCACUGGAAUGCACUGGUCACUCACAUAUCACUUUUAAAUGCCAACAAAGAAGUUGUCUUGCUGAUCAUUGGACCAAACUUCAAUACAGUUAUCUUUGGAAGUUCCAGCUUUGAGAUUAAAUCCAAAGAUGAACAGCAUGUUGUGGGGAUGAUAAACCAUGAGGCUGAACAAUUCAUUGCCUCCUUCCCAAAUGAUCUAGAGGUGACAGUAAAAGCGGUGGUGAUGGGAGCCUGCUUCUACCUGGAUACUGCCAUUCAGCAAAAGAGGAGACAAAUGCAAAACAGAAGGAAGAACUGAAGUGAUGUCAGCAGGCAAACCAUAACUCUGUGUAUCUGAAUACUUACUAAACAAACUCAUCAUAGCUUUUUAUAUACAAGAUUACACCAAGUUGCUUUACUUUUUUAGCUUUGCCUGACUGCAUUGCAUGUAAAAUAUCUAUACUAUAAUUGCGUUUGUAAUGUCCAUCGCCGUUGGCAUUUGCGCACGCAUCCUCAAUGGAAUGUUGGCAGCGCCAGGCAGGCCGAAGCUGCAUCCAGGUGGAUUCCGAAAAUGACAGGGUGGUGAAAGAUUCCACCGAAGGUGGAUUCUUUCACCACCCUGCUAUUUGGCGUAAGCUACAUCCCGGUGGAUUUCGAAAAUGGCAGGGUGGUGCCACCCUGCCAUUUUUGGAAUCCACUGGGAUGCAGCAAAGGCAAACUGAGCAUUACAAAAAAAACACACCACCCGCACGAAGUAUAACAAAAAAAACUCGAACCUCCCACACAAAGUAUUAACACAUACACUGCAAACCCACACAUCGCAAAAUAAUAAAGUAAUUAACCCCUUAAUCUCUUAACCGUCAACCACCCACAUCGAAAUAAACCUAAUUACCCUAUUAACCCCUAAACCGCAGAUCCCCCACAUCGCAAUAAACCUAAUUACCUGAUUAACCCCUAAACUGCAAAAUCCCCACAUUGCAAUAAACAUAAUUAACCUAUUAAUGCCUAAACCGCAAAACCCCCACGUCGCAAUAAACCUAAUUAACCUAUUAACCCCUUAAACCCUAAACUAACACCCCUAACCUAACACCCCCUAAAUUAACACAAAUUACCUAAACUAAAAAAUACUAAAAUUACAAAAAUAAAAAAAGCUAAGAUUACAAAAAAUAAAAAAGGCUAACAUUACAGAACAUAAAAAACAAAUUACCAAAGUUUACAAAAUUAAACCUAAUCCCUAUGAAAAUAAAAAAGCCCCCCCAAAAUAAAAACACCCCCUAAUCUAAGAAUAAGAUACCAGUAGCCCUUAAAAGGUUUUUUUGCAGGGUAAACAGCUCUUUUACAUUCAAAAUACACAAAGUCCCCACUAACAAACUCAUCAUAGCUUUUUAUAUACAAGAUCACACCAAGUUGCUUUACUUUUUCAGCUUUGAUGACUGGAUUGCAUGUAAAAUAUCUAUACUAUAAUUGCGUUUGUAAUGUCCGUCGCAGUCGGCAGUUGCACACACAUCCUCAAUGAAAUGUUGGCAGCGUGAGGCAGCCAACAGAAUGUCGCCUGCGCGCGCAGCCAAAAGAAGUCACCUGGAUGCAGCGAAGAUUCACCAGCCUGCCAUUUUUGGAAUCCACCGGGAUGCAGUGAAGGCAAACGAAGCAUUACAAAAAAAAAAACACCGCCUGCAUGAAGUAUAACAAAAAAAAAACCAAACCUCCCACACAAAGUAUUAACACAUACACCGCAAACCCACACAUCGCAAAAUAAUAAAGUAAUUAACACCCACAUCACAAUAAACCUAAUUACUCUAUUAACCCCUAAACCGAAAAAAACCCACAUCGCAAUAAACCUAAUUAACGUAUUAACCCCUAAACCGCAAAAUCCCCACAUCACAAUAAACAUAAUUAACCUAUUAACCCCUAAACCGCAAAACCCCCACAUUUUAAUAUACUUAAUUAACCUAUUAACCACUUAAACCGCCAAAACCCACAACGCAAUAAAAAAACAUAUCAGAUAUUUUUUUCUUUUAAUAAAGAGGAAUCAUCAAUGUGUUUGCAACUGUGUAAUUAUCUAUAUGUCACUAAUGUUUGUUUUUUAUACAAUUAUAUUAAAUAUUGCUAUCUUAACAGUC